GGCUGCAAACAUGAAGCCCGUGCUGUAUUCUUACUUCAGGAGCACUUGCUCGUGGAGAGUCCGAAUUGCUCUUGCUCUGAAGGGGAUAGAGUACGAGUACAGAGCAGUUCACCUGCUCAAAGACGGUGGAGAGCAGGUUUAUACUACUGUAGAAUAACACUCACAAGAAACAACUGAAACACCUCCAAUCCAACAGCCUUGCUGACUCGUACAAAGCCAUCAAUCCGCAGUGUGAGGUUCCCCCACACACAAUGUAACAUCAGAUAUGUGGACACUUGUGG